UCCCUUCCUCUCUCUUACAGAUAACUUGUGAUUGAUGGCGCCCAGAGGUGUGUGAGCUGCCAUCUGGGCUCAUCUGUCCCAUGACGGCCCUGAGGCGGUGGCUGUCACCGGCAGAGCAGACCUCCUGCUCCCGGUCGUGGUUUCCGUUGGGCAAAGGCCGACUAAUGAGGAAGUUAUCAGAUCAGUGUCUUCAGCCUGUAACAAGCCUGACACAAGCCUGGCCGCAAGCACAAAUGAUUUGACCUUUUGCUUCCUGUUCUCAGGAUGAACGACCAGGAGCUUCACGCAAUAUAGACACAGUUGGUGAACUCCGUCAUAAACCAGGAGCAGUGGGAGGAGAUGCUCGCAACCAAAGGUUUAACGGUUGUAGAUGUGUACCAGCAGUGGUGUGGUCCCUGUCGAGCUGUGGUUAGUCUCUUACGCAAAAUAAAGAACGAACUGGCUGAUGACCUGUUACAUUUUGCAACAGCUGAGGCAGACACCAUUGAUGCUUUAGACAGGUAUCGAGGGAAAUGUGAGCCCACUUUCCUCUUCUACGGGACUUGUUUCUUUUUCUUUUUUUCUUGCAUCUUGGCUACAUGGGCCUGCUGCUGUCAAAUCAUCUCUGGAGGGGAACUGGUGGCUGUGCUGCGAGGGGCCAAUGCUCCUCAACUUCAGAGGAUGAUUGUGGAGGAACUGGCCAAGGAGAAGUUGGUCCUGGAACAAGGUGGUGAACGCAAAACGGUUAAAGAUGACGGUCUGGUGGAUGAUGAGAAGAAAGAUGAGGAGGAGACACCACAGCAGUCAGAAAAUGAAGAAAGCAUAAUUGUUCCUGCCAGUAAAUCCUACACAGUUGCCAUCAUCAAACCAGAUGCUGUUGCUCACGGCAAAGCAAAUGAGAUCAUUAUGAAGAUUCAAGAUGCUGGGUUUGAGAUCCUGGCCAACGAGGAACGUACGCUGACUGAGGUUGAGGCUCAAGACUUUUACCGGCACAAAGCAGAAGAGGCUGGCUUUGAAGACUUGGUGCGGUUUAUGUCCAGUGGUCCGUCCCACAUUCUGGUACUCUCUCAGGUUGAGAGCUCAGCUAACGUUGUGCCAGCAUGGCGAGCGUUCAUUGGCCCAGCUGAUACUGAGGAAGCUAAGAGCGAUAAGCCAGAAAGCUUGCGGGCACAAUACGGCACACAGACACUGUUCAACGCAGUGCAUGGUAGUGAGGACAUGGACCAGGCCAGCAGGGAGCUCGCCUUCUUCUUCCCAAACUUUAGGACGACCUCAGUGACGGAGCAGGAUGGGGAGGAAGAGCCUGUGGAGAGGACACUGGCUCUUAUCCGGCCUGACGUUGCCAGGGAUAACAGAGAGGAGAUCUUGGCUCAAAUCCACAAGUCAGGCUUCACCGUUGCUCUCCAGAGAGAGGUGAUGUUGACAGAAGAGCAGGUCAGGCAGUUCUACCUCCAACAUGUUGAGAGGGACUACUUCCCUGCAUUGCUCCAAAGCAUGACCAGUGGACCAGUGUUAGCUUUGGCUCUGGCCAGAACGGGGGCUGUCCAUCACUGGAAGAACAUGCUUGGUCCUUCUGAUGUUAAUCAAGCCAGAGAGGAGAGUCCUGAAUGUCUCAGGGCCCAGUUUGCUGUGGAGAACGAGCCUAUCAACCAGCUGCAUGGCAGUGGAAGCCAUGAAGAGGCAAAACGAGAGAUCGACUUCUUCUUCCCUCAACAGCACACACUGGCAGUGAUCAAACCAGAUGCCAUGAAUCAGCACAGAGAAAAGAUUCUGGAGGAGAUCCGAGGCAGCGGUUUCUCUGUAACGCAGCUGAAGGAGAUGGUGCUAUCGAGGGAGAUGGCUGAGGAGUUUUACAAAGAGCACAGAGAGAAACCUUUCUUCAGCCAACUCGUGGAAUUCAUGUGUCGGGGCCCCUGUAUGAUGCUCGUACUGACCAAGGAAAAUGCAGUGGAGGAGUGGAGGGCCACGAUGGGUCCUUCAGACCCUGAUCAAGCUAAGACAAUAUCCCCAAACUCCCUGAGAGCCCGCUUUGCCUCCGACAUCCUCCACAACUCUGUGCACGGCUCCUCCAAUCAGCAGCAUGCUGAGGAAAAGAUCCGUUUAAUCUUUGGUGACAUCUGCGCAGAACUCACCGGUGAUGGAGAGACUGACACCACCAGUUUAGAAAAAGAGCAAGACAAUUCGGCAGAUGAAGACACAAGAAUGUCCAGAUCUCCAACUGAAGAUGUGAUAACCAUCGAGAAGGCUGCCAAUGAGUGAACCACCUAAUAUGAAUCCAUGCAGCCUACAGAAAGAAGAAAGUGACAAUCCAGAGCACUCACACUGAAUCGGCAUACUUGGGAGCUCCUUCUGUAUUGUGAGAUAAUUCUGUAACAUUACGUGAACAAUGUCCAUCCCUCCAUGAAUCAUGAAAUAAACACAAGGGAGAAAACAAGGGUA